CACCUGUUUACCUGCCGUUGUUAAAGACAGGCUGGAGUUUUGACAGAGGAACCAGUCCAGCUCAAGCGAAGGCGGGGUUAAGAAGACAAAACAAGGAAUUUCCUGGUGAGCUACGACAACACAGGAAGAUGAAUGUGGGCGUCGCUCACAGCGAGGUAAAUCCCAACACACGGGUGAUGAACAGCAGAGGGAUAUGGCUUACCUAUCUGCUGCUCACUGUCGUCUUACACAUUGUCCUGCUCAGCAUCCCUUUCUUCACUGUCCCGCUGGUCUGGACACUAACUAACGUCAUCCACAAUCUGGUGAUGUACCUGUUUCUGCACACAGUGAAGGGCACUCCCUUUGAAACACCAGACCAAGGCAAAGCCCGUCUGCUCACACACUGGGAACAGAUGGAUUACGGCGUCCAGUUCACAUCUUCACGCAAAUUUCUUACCAUCUCACCAAUUGUUCUAUAUAUUCUUGCAAGUUUCUACACAAAAUACGAUCCUACGCAUUUCCUCAUCAACACGUGCUCGCUCCUUAGCGUCCUCCUCCCAAAGCUGCCUCAGUUUCAUGGAGUACGGAUAUUUGGGAUCAACAAGUACUGACACAACACUGGAUUUUAAACUUCAACACUGGACUGUUUCAAUUUUAGAGGCUGCAAAAGAAGAAAAUCUGUUUAAAUGGUCUGAACAUGUACACAUUGUUUGGAGUAUUACAUGAAAGUUGCUUGCAGCCUGGUGAAAGUAAAUGCACUGCUGCUGUUUAAUCAAAGUAAACGAUGACAUUCCCGAUGUAAAGGCCAGACAUGUUUGCUCUUGUCUUGGAGAAAGAGCAUAUUUAUAACUGCACUGCUUUCACAUGUAGCUUUUCUACAGAUGUUGGUUGUUGUCAUGAAUGUAAAUGAAUAUUUUUGAUUCAUGUUGCAAAUGGCACUUGAAAGUUUUCUUUUUCUUAAUUUACUAUGAAGGAUUAACAUGCAGCAUGCAUUUACAUGCCCAUAAUAAUAAUAAACAUUUUGCCAUGAUAAA